AUGCUGGUGGUGUUUUGCUUGGCCAAGCCAGCAGUAGUUCCAUGGAAUCGUCUUUUCAAGCCUGAAGCGAGUUUUCCUAGUGAAGGCCCUUAUAAUAUCCGAGAUCUCUGGCACAAGUUUAUUGAGGAUUUCAAGCACAUCCCUUCCAUCUUUUCUUUCCGAAAUUUCGAACGAAAUGUUAUGAGAAUUUGGAAGCAUCUCUCUGUGCCUUCUUCGUUUUCAAUGGCGAUCAACAAGUUUACUGUUUUGAGUGAAGAAGAUUACCAUAAAAUGCUUGGCUAUCGGCCAGAUCUCAACCGUUCCGACCCAGGUAUUCCCCGUCAUUCGUAUCGUAAACUCGCAAGAUAUUCUCCAUUACCUGAUUUUGUCGACUGGCGUUUACAAGAGUAA